AUGGGAAAGACAGGGUUCUGGGUUGAAUGGGAACUUUGGGAGAAAAUGUGUUUCGUUCUUGGCUGUCUGAUUGUUAUAGUUCUAUUAUACGGGGCAGGGGUUCAAAUUUACAAUUCCUGGAGAAUUCAGAAAGUGGCUGCUGCGGAAAUGCAGUUAAGAUCACACUGCCAUGAUAGGGCCGGGAUUGAAGGCGCACAAGACAAUGAUAUACCGUUUGGGUCACGAGCAAUUGAAAGCGGGGUUGAGGUGGAGGGUAUCUGGAUUUCCAACUACAAUACUCCUCGAGGGACCCCUUUACCCCCGGCAACCCCCGAAGAGACCAGACCCCCAAGCCCAAGGCCAACCCAAGUGCUCAGCUUAGACUCUCCCGCUUUAGCUUUGAACCGCUCUAGUUAAGCUUCUUUUUUUUUUUUUUUUGGUGGGGGGGGGGGUUGAGUUCAAAUAUCCGGAUUUCGUAAAUACAAUCAUGCAUGACACUAGUGCAUUGAAUAUUUUUCCAAAAG